UACCGCCAGGGUUGGCAGAGUCACCGCAACCAGUGUAGAUUGGGCUGUUGUGGUGCAAGGGUGUGUGCUUGCUUUGUCUGUAACGCUUCCUUUGGACUUGCUGACUGACUGAGAAGGGGGAGUGUUCUCGAGACGUUCGAUCUUAAACAGUUGCACAGACGCAAUGGGUAGCCCAUACGGAGCUUGCGAUGACUUGUCUACGGUGCUGGGAGAGGAUGACUACGUAUGCACCCUUCCCCCGCCUGUCUUGAAGCUGGCUGCUAAAGACCUCUGCGAGGAUGAAGCGUCCAGGACAAAUGGGCUUCAGCAAAUGAGGGACUACAUCCGGAGGAAUCCAGCCAUCACUAAGUGCAGGCUUGACGCGAACUUCCUUCUCCGGUUUCUACGUCUGAAGAAAUUCCGCAUGAAGGAAUCCAAGGAGUGCCUGGAGAAAUACCUCCGCAUCCGCAGGGAACAUUCAAACUGGUUCUCACGUUUGGACAUCUGUGACAGAAUGUUGGAGGACCUCAUCGAUCAGGGAUAUUUCUUCGCCCUCCCCGAAAGGGACGAAUCUGGGCGCAGAGUUUUCUUCAGUGUUGCAAAUAAAAUGGAUCCUAACAGGCAUACGACAGCAGAUCAGGUUAGAGCAACCAUGAUUGGGCUUGAAUCAUUAUUGGAAGACGAAGAGAACCAGGUGAGAGGGUUCACCUACAUAUUCGACGAGAGGGACGUUGGCUUGAACUUGAUAUGCCUAUGGACUCCAGCUGAAGUCUCCAAAGCUUUCCAAUGCUGUGAGAAAACCAUUCCAGCCAGACACAAGGAAAUACAUUUUGUCAAUUUGCCUACUGCUCUCUACGCAAUUUUUGAGUUCUCCAAAACUCUCCUCUCAGACAAGAUCAAAAGCAGAUUCCAGGUUCACAGUGACGAGACUAAGCUUAAGAAGAAAGUGCCAACUCACAUCUUGCCCAAGGAGUAUGGAGGAACUGUGCCAAUGGCAGAGAUGAUCAAAAUGUACAAGAAAGAAUUACUGGCAGUGAGGUCGCGACUGCUUAUGAUGGACCAAAUGGUCAUAGAGGAGGAGAAGAAGAAAACCAAGAAAAUCGAUAAAGCUUUUGAAACCAUUCAAAAGAACUUCAGGAAACUUGACAUAGACUGAAUUUGUUUAAUGUCAAGAUUAUUUCCGCUUGUAGACAAUGACUGCAGAAUAAGAGUUUGGUAUGUAGAGUGAGAGAACUGCUGUCAAUUAUUUGAAAGUUUUCAGGCUAGCGCGUGAAUUCAUAUAAGUACAUUUUACUGAGAGAGCUUCAUAUCAAUUAAAGAACUCUGGAAUCUGCAGAGCAUAAGUAGGUGUAAUGAGAGGAGCGAUGUUUUAUUUGCACGAGAUCAGUAUGUGGUGAGGCUGGAAGCUUGGCUGAAGUUGUAGAGUUUUAGUCGCCAGUCUCAUAGACAGUGUUGAAAUAAUGUGUUUUGACAGAGGAAUGAAGUCUUUUAAUAUAGGUUAUAAAUUUAAAUUUAAACUAACUUUACCCAAUGGUACUGAACAAAUUUAAAAUUCAACCAAAGCAGAUUGUCAUGGUAAAUCUCUCUGUAUGGAAUUUUAAGUUUUUAUGUGACAAAAUUUAGUUAUAGCUUUCGAAUUUUUAAUUGUCAUACUUUGGAUUAUGUACUUAGUGCUCCACACCACAUUGCCUUAAUUGUUAAAGAUCAGUGCUCUUGUACCAAAAUGCAGUAAAUUAAGUAUCUAAUUAAGAAUUGUGUUGAAUAACCAUUAAGAUUUGCUCAAGGGUAAGGUUAAUAUACUGUUUACUCUUGCAAGUGUAAAGUUCGACUGGGAUGAAGUGGCUUUUUUUUUCUUUUUUUUCCCUCAAGGUUGAACAUUGCUUAGACUGAAGCUGUUUCCAACUUGCGCUUGACCUAGAACCUGUAUGCAGAUUGAAAGGCUGCAGAAAAUUUAUGUAAAAUGCCAGCUUUUUAAAGUGCCAUUUACCACUUUCAUAUUGGGCAAACCUUCGAACAGUAAAAGCUUGCGUAUAUUGUGAAAGUCCUUCAGUUGCCCAGUUGUUGUAAAUGUCUUUCAUGGGUUAUAAUACUGUCCCAGCAACGUCAAUAAUACACUAUGAACUCUAGUCAAAUGUUUUGUACGAGUUCUCCACACAAAUAGCAGACUAUUAGGAUUUUUUUUUUUUAGUUACGGAUCAUUUCAUGGCUGAAUGAAAACUGAUUUUGUUGAAAGUGAAUGAUGGAGUUUUUUUAACUCUAGGUAUUUAUUUGUAGUAUGAAUGGCAUUUGAUGUAAUACUAAUUUAAGUUAGGAGUCUCCUGUCUUGUAAAUACAGUGUGAUGAAUAAACUGAUUUUGUAACUUGUUUUCUAAAUUAAUAACAUAAUGAAAUGCUGUUUUUAAAAAUAAAGUAUUGAAGUGGUUAAAUUUGUUUUGGCCACAGUUUUAAACUGGUA